UAUGUUACUAAUUGCUUGCGAUGGUUUCAUAAAGUUAAUGACAUGAUUCUCGAUGUGGAGUUUUGGUAGAAAUUAGUGAUGAAGGUUGACCGGAGUAACAUCCCGAGUUAAACAAUUUGUGAUGGUCAUCUGUCAUCUAGAUGAUUGGCCUAUUUGAUGGACAGUUACGUAGCGAUGCGCCCCGGAUUUCAGAUUGGGCUCGGACUUAUAGGUUUUGGCAUCUUCUUCUCCUUUCUCGGAGUGCUUCUUUUCUUUGACAGGGGCUUACUUGCUCUUGGGAAUAUCCUCUGGUUGGCUGGGGUUGCCGUUCUGCUUGGUUGGUAUUCUACAUGGAAAAUUUUUUCGAACAGAGCAAACUACAAGGGUUCAGCAUCUUUCCUUCUGGGGCUCUUCUUUAUAUUUGUUCGUUGGCCAAUACUGGGAAUUAUCUUUGAACUAUACGGCUGCAUUGUUCUCUUUGGUGGUUUUUGGCCGUCGGUGAAAGUGUUCCUUUAUCAGAUUCCAGUUCUUGGAUGGAUUAUUCAAUAUCCGAUUUUGCUUCUUGGUCGUUUGGGAGGUGGCUCUGGCAGAUAACACCUGCUACAAGCUGAUUAGGGGGGCGGCUUUCAUGAUGUCCAACUAACAAAAUGCUUGAUUUAUAUCUCGGAAUCUGAUGCUCAGCAACAGGAAGUGAACAAAUCUUGAGCCUGGAGAUUUGUUUGCUUGCUGUCUGGGGCGAAGAUGGGAAAUAUAGCAGCUCAAUAUUUUCUGUGCAUACCGUGAAUGUUAGCACUUGGCACUUCCAUUGCAAGAGGUUUGUUCUCACUGAUAGGAUUUUCAUGCUGGAUUAGUGAUUAAGCCCAUAGAGGAGCGUGGAAGUGGAGUGGAGCCACUAGACAAUUAAAUUUAUAACCAACACAAUUCAGGUGUAUGUACUCUGUGUUAUGCUGUUCGACGGGUUGCAUGUCGGUGCACAAUGUCGUGAAAAAUUGAUUUGUGAUCGAGAUGAAUUUGAAGUUGUGGGUUUGGUUGAAUUGCUAGUUUCUGCUA